AUGUCACAGUGCGAUUCUGUUUCGCCCGCUCAAACACCCAACCACGUCAAACUUGCCCCUCUUUCCCCUAAACUUGAUCAUUCGCAGAUCUAUGCUUCACCAACCAACAUUCUACCUCGUCGCUCUCGUGGCCUUGAUUUUUCUAGAGCCGCCACCAGCUUACAUCAUUCCACUCUCGCCGAACAAUCCUCUCCUGAUUCAUCGCCCACUAUCGGCGGACGCGCCAUGAAUAUUCCCGGUCGCGGGAAUGGUCAUUAUGGCCAAGAACAACCCUCCACUUCCUUGUGGUCCAUGAUGGGUAAUCAAGAGCGCAUGAAUAUUUCUAGCUCCGUCGGCAGCGCAAACCCCUUGGCCUCCGACUCAUCGUCCAGUUCCGGUGAUGACGACCUCAUGGAUGAAGAAAUGGAGGAUGCUAUCUUCAGCACACCGCAGGUCUCUAAAGGUAGCCAGCAGCUUAGGAAUCUACCAUUCGGCUCCGGUAACAACGUCGUUCCGUGGAUGCCAGGAUCAUCGCCAGCCGCCAAUAGUCUUCAGAGCUUCAGAGCACGGCCGCGCAGGCAUCCGAAGAAGAGACUGCGCGGUCUAGCUGGACUAGGCUUCGGCCCUUCUGCUCCACCCUCCUUCUCUAAGUCGCCGCCUAAUAACGUCGUUAAGGAUCUUAGGGACGCUUCUAUUUCUCAUAACCGACGGGAAAGCAUUAGCUGGGCUGCCAACCAGCUACAUAUCUCGGGUAGCGAGAGCGACGACAAGUCUAUAGACGCAAGCGAUACCCUAUCUAGAGAUGGUACGAGAGGCGUUGUUAAGCGACCCGUCACACGGCGGGGCAGUCUACUACCAAAAACGAAGGGAUUCGCGCGGAUUCGUGCCGCCCUCAUGGAGGAGAGCGCCCCGGUGGACUCGGAGACUCGUCGAGAGGCGGAAGUUAUUCGUCAAGUCCGCGAAAGCGACAUGGACCUCGAGCCCCGUGUACCACCUGGUCCGCUGUCGGCUCUUGAUAUUCCCAACAUGUCUACCACCCAAUCCUCUCCAAACCUAGGGACUGCACAAGAUUCUCUCGACGACAUACCGGAAGACGAUAUGAUGACCGACUCGGGCUUAUCGAGCAGCUUCAAGCAACAAGCCUUGAAAAACUCAAAAGGUAAAAACUUCUGGGAAACCUUCUCCGAGACAAGCAGCGUCGCAGGUACGCGAGUUACGCCACCGCCUUCAUCCCUCAUGCCUAGGGGGUCAUCAUCCGGGAUGAGCGAGGACGUAAAUAUGGACUCGCCAUCCCUCUCGGCGGGUCCAGGCUUGUUCGGUUCAGGCCAAAAUGCCGGCCCGGCAUCCGGAAGCGAGGGCCAAAGAUCGGAUACUCCACAACAGUCGUCUCUCCCACCGUCUAUGCUGCAAGGAGGCGGCAUACCGCCAACCGCAGCUGAGAUCACGCGGCGCAUCAACAACAAGAGGAGGCGCGACGACGACUACUUUGACACGCAUGGUCUCAAGCGAAGAGCAGUCAGCCCGGGCAUGAACAGUGUUCACGGGUCACCAGUGACGCAGAGCCCGCUGCAGAGAGACGGGGGACCGUGGGGGCCAGGGUCUAGACCGGGAAGUAAUCAUGGCGCCGAGAGGGAGAGAGACAAGACGUCAGGGACGGGAACGCCAAGCGAAAAUGGGAGCGUCGGCGGGAACGGCAAUGGAAAUGGAAAUGGGGGAGGAAGGAUGAUUAAUGGGAAGGGACGAGUGGGGUUCCAGGGGAUGGUGGAUACGAAUGACGGACUCAUGCGCAUGAGCAUUGAGUAG